AUGAUUGCUGAGAAAAGAUCGAGAAAUAGAAAAGAUAGCCUGAGGGUUUCACAAGAAGUAGCAGAACUCCGCCCUUUGCAGCCUCCAAAUUGCAAAAGUGAAAGUGUUUGCUUUGAGAAGAGAGUCCCAGAGCACCACCUUGCAGAAAUGCAGCAGCCAAGAGAAUUCGUUCCUCAGAAUUGGAUUCACACUGUUCAGCAAUGGCGUGUGGCAGAGUCCGACCCAAUCGCGUACGCCUGCCCGGUAGGAGGAGCCCGGGACGCCGGAAGCCGAGGGCGUGAGGUGAUUGGACGCCGGGCCGCACAUAUAAGGGCGAGGGCACACCCUGACACUCGCAGACCGCGGAGGACGCCGCUGCACACGCUCCUGGGUUCGCGCUGCACUAUGAGCUUGAGGGCUACCGCACCUUCCUGGUUCCCACCAGGACAUCCGCAGGCUCAGAAGGUGGAAGCUGUCGAUCUCACCCCGUAUUCAAGCCCGCCUCAGAGCUGCCAUCAGGCUUCGGGCUUUAUUGUCAUCCAGGCGCAACCUCCAAGAAGAGGCCCAGAGGUGCCGGCCCAGCCGCGACCGGCCAAGAAGCCCCCGGUGGCCCACUCCCCUGGUGGGAAGAGGGGGAUCCACGCUCCGGACGCGAAGGUGGCAAACGCCGCCAUGGAGGCGAAGAGGACCGUCGCAGCCCGCGACAGCCAGACCUCGGAGGGCGCACCGCAGUCGAAGACGCGCACAUCGGCGGGCUCGGCGUCCGAGACCUCCUCCGACGCCGCGGCCCAGCCGGUCGCCCCCGGCUCGCCCUCGCAGCGCUUCCAGAAGGAGUGCGCGGGCAGCGCGGCGAUGGCCACCCGCCAUUGCUGCGUCGGCCUGUUGGUCGAGUGGUGCCUGGCGCUCUCGCUGCCGCUGCAGGUGCUGACCAGCGUGUGGAGGGGCCAGAGUGCGGCCUGCCUCUGCGGCCCCUGCAGGAGCCCGCGCAGCGCGCGGAGGGGCCCCGGCGCGCGCCUCAGCCGGGCCGCCCUGUACCGGAGCCUCUGCAGCUACCUGCUCACCGAGGAGCAGCGCAAGGUCAACAGCUUCCCGUUCCCGGACCCUGCGCGGCCGGGACGCGCCGUGCUCUACAGCGCCGAGCGGCCGCACAACCCCUCGCACAGGACCUGCUGCCGCUGCGGCGCCGAGUACCCGGUGUCCGUGUGGGGGCUCUGCCUGCGCCCCGAGCCGUGCGUCUACCACUGGGGGCGGCCGCGCCGGAAGCUGCAGGCGGGCGCCUGGGAAAACCUGUACACGUGCUGCUCCGCCCCGGCCGGCGCCGUCGGCUGCCAGGUAGCCAAGCAGCAUGUGCACGACGGCAGGAAAGAGAACCUCGAAGGCUUCGUGAAGACCGGGACCAACGGGCCGUCGCAAGACACGCACCCAGAAAUCUACGCCCUGGACUGCGAGAUGUGCUUCACUACGCGCGGCCUGGAGCUGACUCGGAUCACCCUGGUAGAUGCGGACAUGCGCGUGGUAUACGACACUUUCGUCAAGCCUGACCGUGAGAUCGUGGACUACAAUACCAGGUUUUCUGGGGUGACGGAGGCUGACCUAGCGCACACCAGCGUCAGGCUGCCAGACGUGCAGGCUUUCCUGCUGAGCAAGUUGACCACCGACAGCAUUCUCAUCGGGCACAGCCUGGAGAGCGACCUGCUAGUGCUGAAGAUGAUCCACCCCUCGGUGGUGGACACGUCCGUGCUCUUCCCCCACCCCCUGGGCUUCCCCUACAAGCGCUCUCUGCGGAGCCUCGUGGCCGACUACCUCCACGAGGUCAUCCAGGACAAGCCUGGUGGGCACAGCUCCUGCGAGGAUGCCGGCGCCUGCAUGCGCCUGGUGGGCUGGAAGAUCAUGGAGGACUUGGCCCUGAGCAGCCCACCGCCGCUGCCGCUACUGCCGCUACUGCCGCCUCUGCUGCCGCUGCUUCCGUCGCCGCUGCUGCCACCGCCGCCACUGCCACCACCACUUGCUUCUCCGGCAGCCCAGGCCUGCCCUUGGCCGAGGCCCCCUCCAAAAGCCAACCCUGUGCACUGCCGCCGCAACUGGAAACCGAGACAUGAACAAACCGGCCACCCCACGGAGCCAGUGGCAAUGUAA